UAGCUAUGUGUUUGCCAAGGACUGGUUGAGCUCCCUGAAUGGAAGUUGGCAGUACCUCUGGCUAAAUCGGGCAGGUUUGGCACGAGGCUGCACAAUGACAACUGAUUGGGAUUAUGACUACCUGAUCAAGCUCUUGUCGUUAGGGGACUCUGGAGUGGGGAAGACCACUUUCCUCUACAGGUACACCGACAACAAGUUCAACCGCAAGUUCACCACCACAGUGGGAAUAGACUUCAGGGAAAAGAGAGUGACGUAUUUGGGGACUGGCUCUAAUGGAACGACAGAGAAGACUUUUAAAGUGCACCUACAGCUCUGGGACACAGCAGGGCAAGAGAGGUUCAGAAGUCUCACUACAGCCUUCUUCAGAGACGCAAUGGGCUUCCUUCUUAUGUUUGAUCUGACCAAUCAGCAGAGUUUUCUGAAUGUCAGGAACUGGAUGAGUCAGCUACAGGCAAAUGCCUAUUGUGACAGUCCAGACAUAGUCUUAGUUGGCACCAAAGCAGACCUCAAAGACCUGAGAGAUGUACAAGGAACACAAGCCAGGGACCUGGCGGACAGAUAUUGUGUCCCCUACUUUGAGACGAGUAGUGCCACAGGGGAUGAGGUAGACCAGGCAGUAACCACUCUGCUGGACCUGGUGAUGAGGCGCAUGGAGCAGAACACAGAGGGGCCUGUGUCAGAGGCUGCCAAUGGGAGCGCAGUCAUUAACAAAGUGGCCGAAACCUCCACCAGCAGGAAGUGUGCCUGUUAGGAUGUCAGCCACAUUUCAUGGACAUGUGGUUGGCUGCAUUCAGAAUGAAGGACCAUCCAUUCAAAUGUGUAACUAUUGCAUCAUAGGAGUUUUAUUAUAUUGGAAAGUUCAAUUAUCCCAUACAGUAUUUUAAGGAUGUGUAUUAUCCUCUUAUGCAAUAAUGUGUGUUUAUUUUUGGAUUGAUAACUGCUGCACUGGCUAUUUAUUCCCAACCUGGUUAGUAUUAUUUUCAGAGUCUGUACUUGUGCUGUAUGUUAAUGACCCAGAUACAAGUAAUAUAACACACAAUCCAGUUUUAUAACAUUUGUAAAAUGAUUAAAAAGUACAUGAAAGCACCAUGUGUAGAUCUCAAGCCAAUAUUUGUAAUAUGACUAGGCUUUGUGUGAUUCUAAAUUGAUAAAUACUAAUC